CCCAGCGUCGUCGAGGAGAACAGCAUCGCAUCUGACCGACAUGGAUGGGCGUCCCUGCGCUUGUUCUGCGGGGUUCACGUGACAGCAGGUAUUCACAGCAAGACGUUUGAGAGUCUCGUGCCUCGCACGAUUUCGUCGGUGGUUCACGCAUCUCUCUCCUUGCAGCUCAGCGGCUAUUUGUAUCAGUUUAGGGAGUGCUUGAGGCACGUGAUCAAGUCCAGGAUCAAGCUCGUGCCCGAGGGGCUGCCAUAUGACGUUGUUCAGUACGAGAGCUCUGUCAUCAAGUUCUUCCCCCCCCCCGAGACUGGCCCUGACAGGGAGGUGAAGAAAGUAGUUGUCGCUUGUCUUCCACGUGGCGACUGGAGGAAUCGAGAUUACGUCGACGUAUGCGUGCCAAACGUGCUUGUGACCGACAACGGCAUAGCUGCAGUGGCAAGCGUCAUUGAGGACGGUCUCAGCUUCGCCUUGCUAAGCGCGAAGCCCAGCGCCUGGCCGGGACAUCGGUGGGCGGGCCCGGAGAUCGCAGCAUCCGCCGACGCUGCCCCAGCUGAUGGACACGAGGUCGUCGACAACACUGGCCGCGCUGACGCGGGGCCGAGCUUCGCAGAGAAGAACGCAAGGGACAGGAAGUGGACGCUCGAAAGGUUGUCGAGAGAUCCCCUGCCUGACCUGGUGUUGUUGAGGUGCGCGCUCGAUCCCAUCGUGCGCGUGCUCCACGAUCAGCUGAACAUGGUUAGCCUGCGCUGGGAGCUCAGCCAGAGGGCGGCCGUGGCGAGGUCGCCUCAGAUGGGGCGCCUUCCAGGACUAGGCGCUAGGGGCUACAGGAUCGUCACCGCGCGAAAGCUCCUACUGGAGGACAAGUUCUUCAGGGAGCUCCAGGCGAUCUGGCUUGGGCCGCAUCGCUGGCGUUCGUUUCCAGAGAGGUGCUACACAGAGGAGUUCAGCUGUCUGGCGUUCCGCCUGCUCGCGCGGGAAGGCGCGCUGGCGGGGCAGCUCCACGUUUCGAACCACUCCCUCUUCCACUUCAGAGUCUUCGGGCUGUUCGUGGUUGAACCGAUCCCCAGACUGUAUGAAAAGGGGCCGUGGGUUAAAGAUUUGCGCGCCCGCUUCCCUGACGUGGUUUGCCGGGACUUCUCGGAGGUGCUGCUCACCCUCGCCGUGCCCGCUCAAGUGGACAUCGCGUGCGCGGAGGCGAAGCGCGCUGCCGUCCGACUCCGGCUAGAGCAGAG